AUGAUCUCCGGCGCAGUUGACCUAGGAGGCACUGCAACUGGAGACAGGUAUAGGCCUAGUAGUGCAGUUAGUGUCGAGGGGCAACCUGAAGCACCUCCAAUUACAAUCACUUGUGACUGUCGAAGUACUUGUCAAAGAAAGGGGUGCCCAUGCAGAAAUGCUAGAAAACAUUGUCAAGUUGGUCUGUGCACAUGCGGAAGCAAAAAGAAGCCAUGCCAAAACCGCCUUCCUACCGACGAACCAUCGUCAGUGAUAGGCCUUGCAGAAAGUUGCGCGAGUGAUACGCGAGGGACAGUAUGUGCAGGUGCUCCACACAGCUCGAUCAUCGAUGUCAAGGCAACAUUAUCAAACCUUAAUCAUGAAGAUCUCUUAGAGAUGGCAGCAAAGGUUUUUGAAGACAGAAAAUCUUUGCUUAUUGAUCUUAUUAGUCAGAAAAUGGCAAAUGCAGUGGAGGAAACCAAUCAGCCUUCAUUCAGUGUUGUCCCCUCAUGGUGCAAAUGUUUGCAGUGUCGUGAAAUGCCCACCCAAAAGGAGAGAAAGUGCUGCAAAAGGCGCAAUUGCAUAACCAAGGAUCAAACAUUCUAUGACAUUUGUUUGAAUGGAAAUGUACUUGAAGUUGCCAUCAAUUCUCGAUGUGAUAUAAGAGUUGAUAUACCAAGUCAAGACAGAAAAACUAUGAGACACACUGCUUACAGACAGUUUGUAAUGUGGCAGCAUGGACCCUUAGGUGCUGGCAACCGGGUGGUAAUACCAUCAUGCUGUGUUUGGAAAAUCCGUGACAAAUACCCCUCUCCAAACAAUAUGUACACUGGCUACAAAGAUCACUAA